CUGUUCUAUCUUGUUGCCCGCCAACGGCCUGGUUCAUUGUUUCGUCGCUGUCAAAGCUCUCAAGGACACACACACUCGCUUAAUACUACCUACAUAGUCAGGACGCACUGAACAUUUAUUUUUCGCCCAGCAUGAAGACUUCUCUCGUCACUCUUUCCGCCCUUGCCGGCGCUGUCUUGGCUCACAACGGCGAGCAUGAGCAUACCGCUGCCACUAUGACCAGCAGCAGCAGCAGUUCUAGCAGCAGCAGCAGCAGCAGCAGCAGCAGCACGGUCGUUGAGUUUAACAACAUGCAAUGGCAUGUCGAGGCGGGCAAAGAUUUCACCCUUCAGUACCAGGGCUGCGACAUGGGCUGCAGCGUGAUUCUCGCCAACGGCCCGACUUCGACGACCCUGACCGACUACAAGAUCUUGACCGAGGAGGCGUUCGGCUCUUCGUACAAUGUCAAGCUUGAGGCGGUUCCUUCCGGCGUCUGUGCGUUCAAGAUUAUCAGCCACGCCUCGGGAAAGAUCAACUGGAGCAACACGAUCGAAUGGCACGGCCCCAUCGAGUCGCCCACCCCUGUCCCUGCCUCGAUCAGCACUGCCUCGGUCGGCACUGCCAUGCCUCCCAAGACGGCCGUCGAGACGAUCAUCCCCGGGGAGACCCCCUCGCCGAAGAAGGGCGGCGAUGGCGAGCCUGGCGAGAGCGCUGAGCCGUCGGGCAAUGACACCAUGCCUGGGGAGACCUCCAUGUCCAAGGAGAUCAAGCCGGUGCCCACCACUGGCCUCGUGCCCGCUCCCCCCGCGUCCACCCACCUCGGUGGUCUGAACACCACCAACUCCACUGAGCCUCCCUCUCGGCUGCCCGGCACCGUCAUCACCAACCAGGCUGGACGGGUUGCGUCUUCCAUGGCUCUUGUUGCUGGUGCUAUGGCUGCCGCGGCGUAUCUCCUUUAAACAUCCCCUGAUGGUAGUACGGUGGUGGUUCUUUGCUCCCGUCAGGGUUGUCGUGGCAAUGAUUGCACCGGACUGGAACAUGUAUUAUGGCCGUCACUUCAAACAUCAUGGCCCUUGGACUACCGCCAUCAGAUUAAUUAAGCUUCUCUAAUCUAAUCUUGAGUACCAUUACCCUCACAAUUUCGACUCCCACGGUCGUGCUCUAAACGUCAAGUGACAGUGGGAUUAUCGAAUUUGAGUAUAACCAUCUGUAAUUACGCAUCCC